AUGGGAAUAUUUCGAUCAGAGACGAUGAAACACGGGACGCUAGUCCUUCCAUCGGAUAGAGCAAGAGAAUAUUUGGAUUGUCUAGGAAAGCAUGUAGACAUACAAUUUAUUGAUAUGAAUGAGAAGACAAUGAAGAGACAAUACAAAAAGUACAUUCAAAGAAUUGAUGAUAUGGAGAGGAUCUUACGAUUUUUAGAAGAAAAUAUAAAAAAGUUACCAAAUGUAAAAAUAAAGAAAAGUAAGAUCGAUUCAUUUUUAGAACAUGACAAUGUUUAUGAAUUGGAUCAAGUAGAAGAAUCAUUGAAUCGGUUACAUGUGCAAUUUGUUCGAUUUUGUAACAAUAAUAAAGAUUUAGUGAAUGAAAGAAAUAAUGCAAUUGAAGAGAAGCAUGUAAUAUUAACAGCUAUAAAUCAACUGAAUCCAGACAUUUCUAAAAAUGUAAAUGUGAACAACAGAUUAGUAGAGAAAUCUUUACCAUAUGAUGAUGUAAAUAUUAAUGAUGAAAAGUUAUCACUCCAAACAAAUAUGAUGAAAGAUGGGAUGAAUAUGAUGUUUACAAACAUAGCAGGUGUGAUAAAAACGAAAGAUCAAGAAAGUUUUAGUCGUACUAUAUUUAGAGCUCUAAGAGGAAAUACAUAUACAUAUUUUCAAAAUAUAGAUGAAAAUGUAAACUUAUCUAAAGGUGGAAAUGUUGCUAGUGGUAGUAGUGGUGGAGGUUGUGGUGGCAUAAUCGAUGGUAAUAACAAUGAUGAUGAUGAUGAGGAUGGUAAUAAUGAUGAUAAUGAAACAUCCUCUCCCCCGAUCAAUAACCGAAAUGAGGAAGACACAAUGGAUGAAAGAAAUGAUAUGCACAAUGGUGAUAAAUCAGAGAAGAACGACUUAAAAAGUGUAUUUGUUGUGUAUUGUCAAGGGUCUUCACAAAGCAAUAUAUAUGAUAAGAUCAUGAAGAUAUGUAAAGCAUAUGAUGUAAAGACAUAUGAUUGGCCCAAGACAUGUGAACAUGCAAAACAGAGAUUGAAAGAGUUGAAAGAAAUUAUUAAUGAUAAAGAAAAAGCUUUAAGAGCAUAUGAAGAAUAUUUCAUAAAUGAAAUUUUUGUUCUUAUAAAUGUAGUAGAACCGAAUAAAAAUAGUCUGAUAGAAGAAUGGAAAUUAUUUUGUAAAAAAGAAAGAUAUAUAUAUAACAAUUUAAAUUAUUUCGAAGGUAGUGACAUAACAUUACGUUGUGAUUGUUGGUUUAGUGCAAAUGAUGAAGAAAAAAUUAGGCACAUUUUAAUUAUGAAAUCAUCAAAUGAUCUUGUUUCUGCAUUGUUACUUUCGGAUAAAGUUUUGACACCUAAUAUUUCUCCACCUACAUAUAUAAAAACAAAUAUUUUCACAAAAUCAUAUCAAUCAAUGGUAGAUACAUAUGGAGUUCCACGUUAUGGAGAAAUUAACCCAGCCAUUUCUACAAUUAUAACAUUUCCCUUUUUGUUUGGAAUCAUGUAUGGAGAUGUUGGACAUGGAGUAUGUUUAUUUCUUUUUGCCCUUUUUCUAAUUUUGAUGAAUAAUCGUGUAAAAAAUAAAAGUCAAAAUGAAAUGGUAACUAUGUUAUUUGAUGGUAGAUACAUGCUUUUAUUGAUGGGUUUCUUUGCAAUUUAUGCUGGAUUUUUAUAUAACGAUUUUUUUUCGAUGCCUUUAAAUUUGUUUACAUCUAUGUUUGAAGUGGAUAAUGAAGUGGACUCCGUUUUAUAUUACAAGAGAAGACAAGUGAUGAAUAAUAACACUGGAAAGAUGGAAGAUGCAGAUCCAUAUAUUUUCGGUUUUGAUACCAAAUGGUUAGGAGCAGAAAAUGAAUUGACAUUUAUAAAUUCUUUUAAAAUGAAAUUUUCUAUUAUUAUUGGAUUUCUUCACAUGACAUUCGGAGUGCUUAUGAAAGGAUUGAACGUAUUACAUUUUAAGAAUAAAAUGGAUUUUUUUUUUGAAUUCUUACCACAAUUAAUUAUGAUGUUUGCAAUUAUUGGUUAUCUGGUCUUUCUGAUUAUUUACAAAUGGGUUACUCCUAUAGGGUAUGGUGGGUUUCAGAAGCAAGGUAUCAUAAACACAGUUAUAAAUAUGUACCUUAUGAAAGAUAUAACAAUGAAUAAUCAAUUUUAUGCGAAUCAAGGUAUUGUCCAAGCAUUCAUAAUGGCUGUAUUUAUUUUGUGUGUUCCAUUCAUGUUCAUUUGUAAACCAGCUAUCCGAACAUACCAUAUUAUGAAAGAGAAGAGAAAAAAUAAUCGAAGAGGUAGCUCAGUUAACAACAGCAGUUAUUAUGGUGACUACGAAGGGAAGGAAAUGACACACACGUUUAAUCACUUGGAGAAUGUAAUGGGUCCAGGUGGAGGAGGAAGAGGAGGAGGUUCUAGAGGGGAUGAUAGACCCGAUAGAGAUGGUGGUUUUGUCUCCUCUUCUCCCAAUGGAAUAGGAGCAACAAUCCCUUUGUCUGGAAAAAACAAUCGUAACAGUUCCAAUUUGAGUAGACAAGAAGAUGGUGGAAUUGUGAAUAACAGAUUGGAUAAUAAUUCACCCUCGAGAAGAAGAAACAAGAAACCAACGGAUGACGAGAUGGAAGCACAUCUAUUGGGUCCUCCUUUAUCCCAUGAUGAUCCAAAUGAACAUUAUCCAGAUGAUCGUUUUGGAAUAAGAGUUGGAGUUGCUGGUGGUGGGGAAGGAGCAAUUGGUGUUGAUGACGAAUCUUUAGGAAUGACAGAAUCAGGGAUACACCAUGAAGAAAACAUUUCUGAAAUAUGGAUUGAACAAUUUAUUGAAACGAUUGAAUUUAUUUUAAGCCUUAUAAGUAACACAGCAUCUUAUUUGAGAUUAUGGGCAUUAUCACUAGCUCAUCAACAGUUAUCAUUUGUAUUUUUCGAACAGACCAUAUUGAGUUCUUUGAAGAAAGACAGUUUUAUUUCAGUACUCAUCAGUUUGAUUUUGUUUUCCCAAUUAUUUUCAAUCCUGACAAUAGCAGUUAUACUUUGCAUGGAUACACUCGAGUGCUUCUUGCACUCCCUGAGGUUGCAAUGGGUUGAAUUUCAGAACAAGUUCUACAAGGGAGAUGGUAUUCCCUUUAGACCCUUCAAUAUUAAGAAGUUACUUUCAGAAAGUGAUUAA